CCCUGCUUGGGCGCCGCCGCGCGAGCGCUUCCCUUCCCCCUGCGAGCGCCCGGAUAAUGUCUGAGAAUGUCCAUUUCUGGGACGCUUAGCAGCUAUUAUGUCGACUCGAUCAUAAGUCACGAGAGUGAGGACGCUCCUCCAGCCAAGUUUCCUUCCGGCCAGUACGCGAGCCCCCGGCAGCCGGGCCACGCGGAGCACCUGGAGUUCCCCUCGUGCAGCUUCCAGCCCAAAGCGCCGGUGUUCGGCGCCUCCUGGGCGCCGCUGAGCCCGCACGCGUCCGGAAGCCUGCCGUCCGUCUACCACCCCUACCUGCAGCCCCAGGGCGUCCCGCCGGCCGAGAGCAGGUACCUCCGCACCUGGCUGGAGCCGGCGCCGCGCGGCGAAGCUGCUCCGGGGCAGGGCCAGGCGGCGGUGAAGGCGGAGCCGCUGCUGGGCGCGCCUGGGGAGCUGCUCAAACAGGGCACGCCCGAGUACAGUUUGGAAACUUCGGCGGGCAGGGAGGCCGUCCUGUCUAAUCAAAGACCCGGCUACGGGGACAAUAAAAUUUGCGAAGGAAGCGAGGACAAAGAGAGGCCGGAUCAAACCAACCCCUCCGCCAACUGGCUGCACGCUCGCUCUUCCCGGAAAAAGCGCUGUCCCUACACCAAAUACCAGACGCUGGAGCUAGAGAAGGAGUUUCUGUUCAAUAUGUACCUCACCAGGGACCGUAGGCACGAAGUGGCCAGACUCCUCAAUCUGAGUGAGAGACAAGUCAAAAUCUGGUUUCAGAACCGGCGGAUGAAAAUGAAGAAAAUGAAUAAGGAACAGGGCAAAGAGUGAAGAUCCCCCGCCCCCGCC